GCAGCGCGCGCUCAUCUCGAGCUCCUGGCAAACGACGCCAUGGCGCAAACCCGCGCCGCUGGUUCGUUGCCCUUUAACUGCCCGUCGCACGCUAGACGACUCUGUCUUUACUUGUACCCAACGUUCGCCCAUGCUCGACUUCCGAGGCUCCCUCGACUCUCUCUGACUUUUCUGACUUUUCCACCACCAUGUUCGAAGGCUUCUCAUUCGGCGCUGCUUCGCGCCACCCCUCUUCACUCGACACCUCCGACGACGACUAUACCCAUCUCUCGCCAACUUCCUCUCCUCCGCCUCAUCUCCUACCCGAAUACCACAACAUGUCCAUCUCCGAACUCUCCAGGCGCUUCAGCGCUCAGCGCAUAGAACCCGAAUACUUGGACCCUUAUGCUCCUCAGGAUCAACCAGACUGGCUUUCCUCCAUGCCGACUUCACCGACAUCAUCACCCAGCGGUCGCUCUUCUCCUCAUCAAUCGAUACGAGAUCGCAGACAAGCCCACACUCAAUGGCAAUGCGAAGCGGUAAACAUUCGCGAUCUGGCUUCGUUGGUAGAACAAAUGGUCGAAUCCGGCGAUCAGUGCUCGCUCAGGUCAAAGAGCACAUCGUCCAGUUCCUCCGAAUCGGGCGAGGAUGAGGAUGGCCUUCAAGGCUCCAAAACACCAUCUCUCAAAUACCGGAGAUCUGGCGACUUGUCACGAAACGCGGCGGUAUCCAAAGACAUUCGUUUCCGCAGGAGGCCACGCAAGGCGUACAGCCACAAAUAAUUGAUUACACAGAUGGGAAUGGCGUUUUGUUGGCAGUUAAGAAGGAUACAUGAUACCCCAGCGCUGGACCGCGCUUUACCAUUCUCAAAGCUUUAUAAUACUACGGGUUAGGCUGGGUCCAGAUGAAUGGUUUAUCAAAGACCGCCGACUGCACGGCUUAUAUAGAUUAUAAGAAAUAAUGCUUAUUUGUAUCGGA